AUGAAGCUUAACUUCGCCAAUCCGGCGACCGGACAGCAAAAACUGGUAGAAGUCGAAGAUGAGAAGAAGCUUCGUAUAUUUUACGAUAAGCGUAUGGCCCAAGAAGUUGAGAUCGAUAGUCUCGGUGAUGAAUGGAAGGGCUACAUUGUCCGUAUCACCGGAGGAAAUGAUAAGCAAGGUUUCCCCAUGAAGCAAGGAGUACUCACCAACGGACGUGUGCGUCUUCUGCUCUCCAAGGGUGAUUCAUGCUAUCGCCCAAGGAAAGCCGGAGAGAGGAAGAGGAAGUCUGUGCGCGGUUGCAUUGUUGAUGCUAACCUAUCAGUACUCUCCUUGGUUGUUGUGAAGAAGGGUAAGUGA